AUGGAUGAGGAUCUCGCGAUGACGAAGUUGCCGGACCCACAAGCGGGCAGCAUCGCCGAGGCGUAUGCCGGCCGGGCAAUUUUUAUCACCGGCGCAACCGGUUUCAUGGGCAAGAUUAUGGUGGAAAAGCUGCUGCGUGACUGCGGGGACAUUCGAUGCAUAUAUUUGCUGAUCCGCUCCAAGAAGGGCGUAGAUCCGGCUCAGCGCAAGGAUGAGUACGUGAAGAAUCUGGUGUUUGAGCAAGUGCGCGAGAAGUACAGCGAUCGGUUGGAAAAGAUCCGGCUCAUUCGGGGCGACAUACUGAGCCAAGGGCUUGGCCUGAGCGAGGCGGACCAUCGGGAGCUGGUGGAGAACGUCGAGAUGGUAUUCCACUGUGCCGCAAAUGUGCGCUUUGACCAACAUAUUCGACAGGCGGUCGACAUAAACCUGAACGGUACGAUACGAGUAUUAGCACUCGCAGAAAAGAUGCACAAGCUGGUGUCCUUCGUACAUGUAUCUACGGCUUACUGCCAGUGCAAUGAGGCGGUGCUGGAGGAGAAACACUACACUGCCCCACAGAAUCCGGAAGGAAUAUCGAAGAUGGUUGGGCUGCUGGAUGACGACAUUCUGGAUCUCAUAACACCUAGACUGCUGAAUAAUCUUCCCAAUACGUAUGCCUACACGAAGGCUCUUACCGAAGAUCUGGUCUAUCAGUCUCGUGGUAAGAUACCGCUCGCCAUCGCAAGACCAUCGAUCGUAACGGCCGCCAUGAGGGAACCGCUACCGGGCUGGGGAGAAGGUACCAAUGGGCCGACGGGGCUUCUGAUUGGGGCCGGUCGAGGCGUCAUUCGCAGCAUGCACUGUAAUCCCGAGUACUUGGCUGAUUUCAUGCCUGUCGACAUGACGAUGAACGCAAUCAUCGCAAUCGGGGCCGAACGGAUGCGCAAUCCGCGUAAGGAUGACGUGAUGUACUACAAUCUCACGUCGUCGGCGGACAAUCCAAUCAGCUGGGGUGAGGUGCUGGAAACUGGCCGCCAAGUGUUGAAUGAGAAUCCAUUCUGCUUUGCUCUGUGGUAUCCGGAUGGGUCGAUCAAAUCGAACUACUUCUACCAUCUACUCUGUGUCAUCUUUUUUCACUUCUUGCCUGCCUACUUGAUCGACUUCCUGCUCUUUCUCCUGCGUCGUAAGCCUUUCUUGGUAAAGGUUCAGAAGAAGAUAUCAUCCGGAUUGACGAUACUCCAGUACUAUACGACCAAGGAGUGGAUUUUUAAGUGCAACAACACCAAAAACUUGUACAAGCGGCUUUCCGAGGCCGAUCGCAAAAGCUUUUAUUUUGAUGUCACCGAAAUCAACUACAAAACCUAUUUGUACGAUUUCAUUCUCGGAGCCCGCCAGUAUAUCCUGAAGGAAGCACCCGAAACGUUACCGCAAGCCCGAAAGCUGCUACGAAAACUUUACAUAAUGGACAAAAUUGUCCAGGUCGGAAUAUACGUCCUUGGGCUUUGGUUAGCUUGGACCUACUUCGAAGUGGUAACCGGUUCGAUUCAGUAUGUGUUCGACAACGCUAUCGCAGGACUUCGAGGUAACAGCUACCCGUCGACUGGUGCAGUGAGGCAAGGUCUCUGA